AUGCGGCUGAUGCCAAUCCCCGACACACCGAUGCGGCUGAUGCCAAUCCCCGACACACCGAUGCGGCUGAUGCCAAUCCCCAACACACCAAUGUGGCUGAUGCCAAUCCCCGACACACCGAUGUGGCUAGAGAGAAGAUCGGAUGAAGUGACUCUGCUAUCUAAGAGAGCUGAAGGCUCUCCUUAUAUACACCGAGCUUCGGAACAUAAUAUCUCCAGAUCCCGAGCUGCGCUCCGAGCCCUAGUCCCAGGCUCUGAGCCCCAGCCAAGGCUCUCAGUAUACGCGACACACCCCCCAGCGUCUACUUGGCUUGUUGGAGCUGCGUUGUGCGUUUACCCUGUGUUUGUGCUUGUUGCCCUAGGCAGCGCAAUGCUUGUUUCCCUAGGCAGCGUAGGUCACGUGCGUGCUCUAAAAGAGCCGCCUAAUCGCGUGCCGCCGCUCUGCGGGGCCGCGCUGCCCGCAAGCCCGCGCCUACUACCCCCCGCCGCGCUGCGCCCACAACCCCCCGCCGGCCUGCGCGUACCCGCAAGCCCGCGCCCACCACCCCCCGUCGCCCUGCGCCCACCACCCCCCGCCGGCCUCCCCCUGGUGCGCUCCGCGCGCAUAGGGAGUGCCAUAAUUCCGCCUCUAGCGGUUCGCGCUGUUGGCGCUGUUCCUCUGGGCACAGCUGCCUGCCCCUGUAAGCCUUGUAGCAGUCGCUUUGUUGCAGCGCUUGUUGCGGAGGACAAGCGGGUAAGCUUCUCUGCAGAGAUUGAGGAGGGAGAGGAGGAGGAGGAGGAGGAGGAAGAGGAAGAGGAAGAGGAGGUGGAGGAGGAGGAGGGGGAGGAGGAGCAGGGUGACGUGUCCCCUGGGCUCCUGGCGCGUUGCUAG